AUUGGUUCGCCAAUGUGUAAACAGCGGCUCUUAUCUUGGCCAAGGGGUUUCACAAAGGGUUGGUGGAACCGUUGGCCAUAUGUGUACAGCGGCCAUCACAUUAUCAAUCCGUCAGCAAGGCAAUAAAAUCGUGUAAACGCCGUGCUAGAUGUUGACAGCAAGUACUGCCAACAUACAGCUGUCAAACAUCAAACAUCUCAAACUGGGGUUUGAAAUGAAAUCGUUAUACUUAAAACGGAUUACAAACAAAUAUUUAUGUGGAUACUGAUAAGGAAAUAAUACGGAAUACUUAAAAACACAGUGAUAAAUAUGUCUACCAGAUCUGGCAAGAGGCUUCACCAUGCCUCCAAUGAGAAUAUUGAACCUGAAAUUACAUUAAAAGGUGACAGGAAGACGCGAAGCAAACGUGUUGUAGAUACUAGUGAAAGUCUAGCACUAAAAUCUACUAAAAAACGCCAGAACUAUGUAAGUUUCCCCUCCGAGGAGGAUACUAUCGACGUGAAGGCCUUGGAAGACGAGGUUCAAGUCAAACCAAUUCGCACCCUGCGGCGGCAAACGCUUAAGGAGCAAAAUGCAGCUACGGAGGCAGUGGACACUGCAAUUACUACUAAGAAGCAGGUCAGAUCAACACGACGCACUAAAAAGUUCUCCGAAACUGCCGCAGAAGAUUUUCCGGAGGUUCCUGUGAACGAGGAACCCGUUGAAGUAGCUUCUGUCACUAAUACUAAGACUAAAGGCAAGAAAAACAAAAAGAAAUCCAAGAAAGAACAACCUGAAGUAAAUGAUAAAGAAAAUGAAGCUAAAGCAGGGAAAAAGAAAAAGAAUAAAAAGAAAAAGAGUUCACAAUCCAACUCAUUAGUUGAGCAGGACAAUACAAGUGGUGGUAAAAAGAAGAAUGACAGUAAUGUGUCCACUGACUCCUUCCACAGUGCUGCUGGCAGCCCCCUACACAAGCAUGUCACUCCCCUGCUUAACAACAGUGAUAUUAAACAGCCAGGAGACACUGAGACACUCCCAGGACAGAAGGCAAAUUCUAACAAGAGGAACUCCAGUCUUAAGAGGGUUUCCGAACAUAAUACUUCAACUAACACAAUUGGUGUGGAUGAAGUAGAUGCAACGGUAUCUGAAACUUUGAAUAUCAGGGCGAGCAAGCGCAGAAGGUCUAGUUUGAAAGUAGUGCCUGACAAAGAUAAAUUGCUAGAUACUGAAAAGGUGGAUUUAAAUGCCACAUUUGAAAAGGAACCCGCUAAGGAGGGUUCUAGUAAAAAGAAAAGAAAAUCAAAUGUGACGGAAGAAAAUAAUCACCCUGUGGUUAUUAUCACACCAAGUAAUUUAGAUGUUCCUAAGACAUCUGAAAUAUUACUUAAUACUACCUUUGAAAAAGAUGACAUGGAAACAGAUGUGAAAGGUAAUGAGAAUAACAAAUCUGACAUAAAAGAACUGCCUGAUGAUGACCAAACAAAUAAAGUCUUAAAUGUAAGUUUUGAGCUUAGGAGAUCUCCCCGAAAAUCUGUAAAUGAUUCAGAAAAAGUUACACUUUUAAAUGGCACAUUUGAAUUAUCUCCUAAACCUGAGUUGACUAAACUAAAAUCUCUUGACUCCACAUAUGACAAAGAAAGCAAACUUGACUCAACAUUUGAUAAAACUAGUCGGAAACCAAGCUUGGGUUCCAAAUCAUCUCUCAUCACCUCCGAUGAUGCCACUAACUCCUCAAUAGUCACCCUCGACAAAUCUGAUGACAAUUCAAAAAUCAACAUCACUGAUGAUGACUCCAAAACUGAAAACAUUCUGAACACUACACCUGUCUUGAUAGAGAGCUCAAUGGAGGAAUCAAGAGUAAGUGUUCUAGAAAGUUCACUAAAAGAAAACAAAACUCCAGAAACCAAACCAAAAUCUACAACACCACUGAAACGAGAAGGCACUUUUACCAAAGACAGUCCAAGCAUGUCUCCAAAGACGCCAAACAAGAGACAGACUUUGCCUGCAGCAGGCUGCACGCCUUACCAUUCCGACAGGAAGGGAUCACAGAGAAAGAGAACCUUAAACCAGACACAUUCCAUUGAGAAGCCGAGUCGCCGGUCGUCCCUCGCGGAGGUGCCCUCUAGGACUACGCGCGUAAUGUUCUGCAGCCCUGUGAACAACCCGGGUGUGGCCACGCAGAGGAAGAGCAAGAUCAUCAAGUCUAACCUGAAGGGUUCCAAUAAGAGCUUUGUUUUUGAAGAAAGUGACUCCAUAGUGUGGUCAGUGGCGCCCCGGGCGGGCCGCAAGCGCUCGCUGACGCACGCGGGCGCGGGCGCGGGCGCGGGCGCGGGCGCGGGCGCGGGCGCGGGCGCGGGCGCGGGCGCGGAGCCGGCCAGCGCCAAGCGCACGCGCCUCGACUCCCAGCGCGCUCUGCCCGCGGCCCGGGCACGCACCACUAGCGCAAUGGCAAAACUAUCAAACGCAGCAACGCCAUCAAAGGCCGCCACACCGAAAUCAGAAGUAAAGGCCACGAAGUUGCCCAACUUCGCCGCCCUGCACGCGCGGCGCUUCGAGCGCAUGGAGUCGCUCGACGAGUGCCAGCAGAGGAAGGCCAAGCGGGCGAAGCAGCUGCUCGUGCCUACUGGAAGUGUGGCUGUACUUGAGAGAAGUAGCCCUAGAGUGACCCUGGAGCCCGCCACCCCCGCGCCCGCCGCCAGCAAGCCGUCCACGCUGCCGACGCUGGACACCCUCCAGCGCGGGUACACCAGGUUUGGCUUCAAGAUGAACAUAGAUCUCAACCCCUUCAGUGUCUCGAAACCUGACAAACCGAAAGAAAAACCUAACGGCGUCAAACCUAACGGUCUCAAAGACCUCAAACUCGUCAAGCCGGUCUUCAAACGCGAGGUCACCCAGCCGUCCCUGGCGGGCACGACGUCGCUCCGCCGGGCCGUGGCCAAGCAGACCAUAAUGCGGGAGAAGUCCUUCAAUCUGGCCGAGAAACGCAGCGCCACGAGGAAGGAGGUGCGCACCGUCAUCAAGGGCGUGCGCACCAACCGCCGCUUCGAGCUGCAGAUGCAGUCCCGGAACCUGAACGGGUGAUACACCGACGUGGCUUUUCGUUUACUUAUGUGUAGAGUGACAUCGCUAAAUCGAUGUAGGAUGUGAACACCGAUGUAGGAUUCUUGUAUGCUAUAAUAUUUUCUCUAUCUCACACGGUUUGCCAUAACGCCCAUAACUAAAAAUAGUUCUGUUGAAUCUCAUUGAAUAUUUCUACCUUACAUUUUAUGUUAUGUAUCUACUUUACUGAAACAGGAUUUAAUAAUAUUUAAGCGUCACUUUUUUACAGUAAAAAAAGAUAAGUAGGUAAAUCUGAUUUAGUACAAAACGAAUUGAAAAUGAGGUCAUUUUGACCAAAAUGUUUAUUCUAUACAGUUGCAAUAAUUGCAAAUGAUGGAUAGCAAAAACCGAAUGUUAUGUUAGUGCAACAUCACGUAAAUUUAUUUUAAAUAUUACUGUAGAAAUAAUAUAAUAUCAUUAUAAAUCGUAAUUUUUAGAAAGUCAAUUUCUCCAACGACCAUUAGGCUGGUUUUAGUGUCACGCGGACCGUCCGCGCGGAGCGAUCCGCACCGGACUAAUAUGUAUGAAGUUCAGGGAGCGUUUUAAAGUGGCGCGGACGACAACAUCAACAGUUGCGCCGAUCGCUCCGCGCGGACCGUCCGCGUGACACUACAACCAGCCUUAUUGUAUUCCAAGUUAUGCCCAAGUUGGCACUAUAACUGAUAAUUUUAUAAGUAACAAAGCGUACAUAGAUUCAAGUAGCCAUUGAAAGCUCGCAGAGUUCAAAGCGACAGGUCUCUGAUAAGAUAACAGCUUUUGUUUGAAACCAUAACACAGUACAAAUAUUAGAUCUAGUUUCAUUGAAGAGUUAGCUGCGUCAGAUACAAAUCGUAAGGCUUUUGUACACGGUUCAAAAUUGAGUGUGACAACAACACAAUGAAUAUUGUUGUCGCCGAAAAUACGUAUAGCAAUUGUUAUAAUCCAUUAGAAAUGGUGUAAGGUGUAACCAGGAUUCAAUAACAUUAAUGGUUUCGUUACAUAGGUACUGCGGCAAAAGAGCUUCCUAGGAAAACCGAACAACGAAUUGACUUGAAAAUAUAGUCUUGAAAUAUUAUCUAUGAUUUAGUCGAUUUUACUCAAAAACCUUUCAUAGUGUUAAUGUUAGUUUUACUCACUUUUAUAAUAUUUUGUACUAAAGUUUGUUUAACGUAGUGUAAAUAUUGUAGUAAUCGUAACAGUAUUAAUGCAAAACUAACAAAUAUCAUGUUGAGGCCGAGUGCCAAUGUUUUUCUUUUUGAAAAAUUAUGUUAUGUACCUAAGAUUUAGAAGUAAGUUUGUAUUUGUACGCCUUUGGACAUGAAAUACAAUGGUUUGGUAAA